GCGAUGUAGCACGUAUUAAUGCUGCCAAUGCAUGAUAGUGGGGAUCCAGCUUCUGGCGUCUUCGUUGGAAUGAUAUUAUUGCGCCUUGGAAAGUCUGAUUUUGCUUGUGCCAAAAUUAUGCCGCAAUACGGAAUUCCUGAGCUCGUAAUCUUAGAAAUACAGUGUUUUUCCUAAUGUUCUGUUUGUGAGUACUCUGGACGAUUGCACGGCUAAGCGUAUCAUCAACCUGUCAGCAUGGUGAGACUGAGAACCUCCGAGAACGAUGAAAUGGCCUUUUCGCUGGGUGUGAUGCCGCGAUUUCAGAGGGUGUGGACGGAUGUCGAUCAGCUAAACUGCCAGAACACUGUGCUCGUACGCAACGAUGAUGGCAUGUGGCGGCUCGGCUUCAUUCAGGACCUGGACGGCGACCAGGCCUUCAUUCAUUUUGGUUCUAAGACCUUCGCACCGCGGUGGAUGCAUAUGGGAGCCGUCUGGUCCUUCCCAUUCUACGUAAAUGACGGCGGUAAUAAUGAAGCUUCAGGUUAUCGGAACAGUUUCGUGGCUCUCCGUGACGAAGAUAAUGGACCAUUUCGCUUCCGUCCAGCCCUUAUAACGCAGCUUUUAUCCUGCUGUCAGUGGAUGUAUGGAAUGAACUGCAUUCGGACUAAUGCUGUUACGACUGACGCACCCACACAGAGAGGUCAUUUCGAGUUGGUCGACAUCGGUCAGGUUGUCCGUCAGUUGCCGCCCACUUGGCCAUCCUUGCUGGAGCGCCGCAGUGAUCUAGUCUGCACCAAACACUUCAUCCCAUUUGCCAGAGCACAAGAUCUUCUGAGCGACCCUUCCGACAAAUACCGAAUCAUCAUGCAUAUCCACACAGCUAGUGGGCAAGACGAUUCCAGUAGUUCACUUCCGUCGAUGUCUUGUAGAUUUCAUCUGCGCAUUCAAAAGCAUGCCUGUAUGUUCAUUACCAUCGACUUCAGCCCACCAAGGACGACUGCCAUGCUGGCGGAAGCGCUGGCAAAGCAUAUGAUCAGCCGUGCUGAACUGCCGCCAAUCGCUAACCGAGUAUUCCGCGCAGAAGAAAGCGUCUUAUGCGAAGCAGAUGACACACUGGUGCUGACUGCUUCCAUCCGUGAUCUAACCCCUUCGCUGCUGAGUGACAUAUUUUCCCACCUGGACGUGCAUUCACAAAUGAGGACCAAACGGGUGUGCGCAUUGUGGCAGUUGCUGCUGAGCAGUCCGCGCAUGACGGAGCACAUCAGUAUCUCGCUAGAGAGCUGUUGGCGGCUGAAGGUGGACAACGGCAACUGCUUCAAAGCGGCACUUCUACUCCUCCGCUCAAUUAGCUCAAGCACAAUCAGCCUCACACUGCUGACUUUUCCCCCGCCCUUUCACAUUUUGUUCCUGAACAAUUUGCUUGAAGCUAUAAUGGUCACCAGGCUGCCUUUGAUCGUCUUCAAAGACCACACGUAUAACGGCGACCCAGGCGCAUAUUUCAGCCACCAAAGGAAAACUCGGUUGAAACAUACGGCCAUGAUUGAACUAACGGCAUAUAAGCACACCUGCAACUAUAUCAUACUCCGCCUCCUGCCAGCUCACGAGCGGGAAUUCAUGAAGCGACUGACUAGUGAGUCACACGAACUGGCCAUCGACAAACUGCAGAUCCGCAUUCCGCGGCUCUUUCUCAAGUGCAGCGACGGCAAAAUGCACAUGGCCAGCCGCUUCAUGCUCGCCUGCAACGACAACUUCCCGCCGGUCACUGAGGAGAUGCUAAGAAAGGUUACGACUGUGCACGCGCGCUGGGUGCACACCCUGGCGUAUCCGGACGAUUGGCAGCCCAUUCGCAACUUUCUCCAACUGUAA